GAACACGUUUUAAUGUGACUCAAUAUGGAUAUCGAACACGUGCAUAUAUUAACUGCAUCUGCUAUACAGUAUCUCACUAGCAACCAGCUGCAGGCCAUUCCCAAGGGAGCGUUUGACCGCCUGGGGAAUCUGGAGAUUCUGUACAUGUGCUGCAACAAGCUCACAAAGAUGCCCAGUGGCGCGUUUGCCAAACUCACCCGGCUGAAGAAGUUGAGUCUGGAGCAGAAUCAACUGAAGAGCGUUCCCAGGCUAACAGUUCUACCCACGGGGGUGUUUGAUCGCCUGGUGAAUCUGCAGCAGCUGUAUCUGGGGGCAAACCAGCUGUUGGCUCUAUCCGUUGGGGUGUUCGACAAACUGACCCAGCUCACUCAUCUGGGUCUGGACCUCAACCAACUGAAGAGCAACGUAUUGUUAUAUCCCACGGGGGUGAUUGACCACCUGGUGAAUAUGCAGAAGCUGUAUUUGCAUGGAAACCAACUGUCUGCUUUACCCCCCGGGGUAUUUGACAAACUGACUCAACUAACUAUCUUGAGUCUGUACGACAACCAACUCUCGGCUCUGCCCGCCGGGGUGUUUGACCGCCUCAUAAAUCUGAAGGAGCUGUAUUUUUCUAAUAACCAGCUGACAUCUCUCCCCGCCGGGCGUUUUGACAAACUCACCAAGCUCAUGACUCUGAGUCUGCACAAACAGCAUCUGAAGAACGUCCCUGACAGCCUUUAUAUCGACAUCAUCGUGCAGCACUGUGGACAAUUAAACAGUGAUGCUAGGAACAUGGACACGUUCUAGAUGACAUGGAAUGCGGUUGUGACAUCACACUAGAACAUAGGUCAUGUAGAGAUAAUUCCCGGUAGUGUUUAGUGGCACCCCUCCUCGAAACGUGCAGUGGAAUUUCUCCACGUUCUAACCAAAUUAAGCUAAACGCUCCACCACUCUGGCCGGC